AUGGCCGGCCGCUUCGUUCGGGCGUCCAAGUAUCGGCACGUCUUCGGCAAGUCGACGAGAAAGGAAUUCUGCUACGACAACCUCCACAUUAGCCGCAAUGCCUGGGACACGAACCUGGUCAAGGUCAACCCCGAGUACUUGUCGGUCAAUUGGGACGCCUCCGGCGGCGGCGCCUUCGCUGUGAUUCCGCUGUCGGAGAAGGGCAAACUCCCCGACCAGAUCCCGCUGUUUCGCGGCCACACUGCCGCCGUCCUCGACACCGACUGGAGCCCUUUCAACGACCGCAUCGUCGCCUCGGCCUCCGAGGACGGCAAGGUCUUCCUCUGGGAGGUCCCCAACGACUUCACCUUAUACACUGACGCCGAGGAGAUUGUCGAUGUCGCUCCCGUGAGCAAGCUGGGGGGCCACUCAAGAAAAGUCGGCCAGGUCCUGUUCAACCCCGCAGCGGAAAACGUCUUGGCCUCUGCUUCGGGCGACUUCACCGUCAAGAUCUGGGACGCCAGCACCGGCCAGUCGCCAUUGACCCUGCGGCAUGGCGACAUCGUCCAGAGCCUCUCUUGGAGCGCGGCCGGCAACAUGCUGGUCACGACGUCGCGCGACAAGAAGAUCCGUGUAUGGGACGUCCGCCAGGAGAAGCCGGUGCACGAGGCCCCCGGCCACAGCGGCGCCAAGAACAGCAGGGCCGUGUGGAUGGGCGAACACAACCGCUUCGCGACGACGGGCUUCUCGCGCAUGAGCGAACGCCAGAUUGCGCUGUGGGAGCCCGGACAGACGGAGCCCAUUGGCGGCUUCACCAUGCUCGACUCCAUCUCCGGCGUCUGCAUGCCCUUCUGGGACGAGGGCUCCAACUGCCUGUACCUGGCCGGCAAGGGUGACGGCAACAUCCGCUACUUCGAGUACGAAAACGACAAAUUCGAAUUCCUCAGCGAGUAUAAGUCGGCUGAUCCCCAGCGCGGCAUCGCCUUUCUGCCCCGACGAGGCAUCAAUGUUCACGAGAACGAAGUCAUGCGAGCCUACAAGACGGUCAACGACGCCUACAUCGAGCCCAUUUCCUUCACCGUUCCCCGUCGUGCCGAGACCUUCCAAGCCGACAUCUUUCCUCCGGCAACUGGCACCAAGCCCGCCGCCAGCGCAAAGGAGUGGUUUGAUGGCAAGACGGCCAUUCCCGCCAAAAUUGACCUGGAGAGUGUCUACGAGGGCACGGCGCCCAAAGAGGUUCCGUCGGACUACAAGCCGCCCGCUCAGCCUACACCGGCGCCUGCGCCCAAGCUGGAACCGAAGAGGGAGGAGCCUAAGAAGGAGGAGCCCAAGCCAUCGCCUUCUGUGCGCAGCCAUCCUCCAAGCAUGAGCGAGCAGAAGGGAUCCAUCGCCGCUCUAGCCAAUAAAUUUCAAGACAACGAAGAGGAUGAGCCGGAGGACGACGAUGAGACUUCGAGCUUCGAGGAGGUGUCGAGGCCAGCGCAGCGGACCGCCGCUUUGCCGACGCGCUCGGAGCCCAAGCCUUUGGUCGUCGCUCCUGUCAAGACCCAUGCCGCACAGGCACCCUCCCCGGCCAAGCCCUCUUCGCCUGUCAUCCGGACCCCGACCGCCACGACUUCGGCGCCAGCGCCUGCUCCCGGCCCGGCCCCGGCUGCUUCCUCCUCCAGCGGCGCCGGAGUCGAGUCCUCUCUGGACCAGAUCAAGCAGCUUAUUGAGAACCAGACCAGGAUUAUCAGCGCGCAAAACGACAAGAUCGGCCAGCUGGCCGCCGAGGUGGAGGCGCUUAAGAAGAAAAUGACGUCUGCCGGCUCGCAGGACCAGAGCGAGCGCAUCCGGCAAUUGGAGCUCGAGCUGGAGGAAGCACGGUCCUGA